GGAGGAAAAGGAGACGUGCAGCUCGUGUCGAACUACCGACAAGCUAACAUAAACCUAGAAAAAUGAUUCAAACUGUUCGCCGAGGAUUGGUCCAGCAACUACUGGGUUCUUCGUUGUGGCCAACUGCCCCACAUUCUGUGCAAAGGAAAUGUAAUAUGUCGACCCAAGACAAAGAUGAGCACGAUGUAACAAAUCCUUCAGAUGUCUCUCCAUUGAAGAGGACAAAGACUGAAACGCACUCUGAAGAUGACCUACUCGUCCUUAAAUUCGCUAAGCUCUCUGAGCUGGCAACGACUCCAACGAGGGGUUCUCCCAGAGCUGCAGGCUACGACCUUUACAGUGCUUACGAGUACACCAUUGAACCUAUGGACAAGGCCCUGGUGCGUACGGAUUUACAGAUUGCGGUUCCUCACGGCUACUAUGGUAGAGUAGCACCCAGAUCUGGACUGGCAGUAAAGAACUUCAUUGAUGUUGGUGCCGGAGUUGUCGAUGAGGAUUAUAGAGGCAAUGUUGGAGUUGUGCUCUUCAACUUCGCCAAGACUCCCUUUGUGGUGAAGAAGGGUGACCGGAUAGCUCAGCUGAUCUGUGAGAAGAUCUGCUACCCAGAGCUAGUGAUGCUGGAGACCCUUGACGCGACACAACGCGGAGCUGGGGGCUUUGGGUCAACUGGAGCCAACUGAAAUGAACAUGUAUAAAGUGCAAAAUUAUGAAUUGGUUGAGUUAUGUGAAUUAAAUAUUUGUUUUAUAUUAUUUGUUUUCAUUGGUAUGCUUUUUUCUAACAAUAUAUCUGUGCAUUAA